CCAUCAUCAAAGAUACUUGCAUUAUACGUUCCAUUGGUUCAUUAUAUCCAACUACAUCAUCUUACCUAACCAGCAAUUCCUUGUGUCACAUUCGACCCCCCUGCUCUGUUCCAGUAGCCCGCUUAGAUAUAUGCAUAGUGCGGUACGCUGCUACUUCACAUCUUGCAAAUGAGCACUUUUGGGUCAUUGGUCCCUCUCCCCAACUGAGCAACUUCCACACCGUAGCGUGGUAUGUGUCGUUGAAUCACGCUCCUAUAGGUCGAUCCGCAUUCGGUUGGCCUUUAAACCAAGCACCCGAUCCACUACGAAAAAGAACCGUUCCAAGGAGCAUAGAAAAGACGCAAUAAAAUACGCAUCCUCUCAGUAGCAAUCAUGAAGGUAAUAAAAGUUGCGAGACGAAAGGACAGUCUGUAUCGAUUGUGAGCGACAGCUGCCUAAGUAGGCAGUGUAUCUUGUGCGGAUUAACCAGUUCUAUACGGUUUAGUGAAUCUCGCCGACAGCAGCGAUUUGUGUUUCCUUGAAUCAGAGAGACUCAAGACAAAUGACAAACCACGGACCUACCUCUGUGACACAUGUUUUGUUGUCAACUGGAUUCCGAGAUCGACGCGCUGGUGACUGGUCUGAUUGUCCAAUAGGAAUAUCCACAUACUAGCCUAUUGCCUACACUCGCACCCGACAAUUGCCCGAAUGCCUCGGCUGAGUCGGACUGAACUCCAGCUCUUCGCGUCUCUGGAUACAUGAACAAGAGGUCGGCGGUAUAGCAUGCCCACUAUGCAGUCGUAUGUACCGCGUCAAUCUACGAUGGCCGAUCGCUUGUUGUCAACUCUUCUGCGCUCUUUGCAGACUUACACUGAUCAACAAGACACGCCUCGCAUACUGAGCACUGCAUCCUCUCUACUUACCGCCCUCGGAAAUCCUCACAAUCUCAGUCUUCUUACUUCCCAUAUUCUUACAGCGCCCGCGCUUUGGGAUCGCCCUGAUGGCUUGCGAACACCUCUCCGACUGCUCUCCGUCUUUCACACAGCCGUCACGACUGUCGUGACUUAUCACAACGAUGUGCGCUACAACAAGACACCUGAGCUGAUACCAGGACAGACUCCUAUCGGUGGAGGGCUCACGUUAGACGAAUGGAUUCGCGCUAUUGUCUCUGGGGCCGAUGAGCGUAGUCAUCGGUGGAAACACGUCGUCGCCCUCGGUGGUUUGCUCUUGGGUCUUGCGGGCUUGGAAGAGCAAGGUACAGACUUGUACUGGGCUUCCAGUAUGAGAAGGCGGGUGGAAGGUGCUCUGGUGCGAGCUAUAAAUAUGGCCCUAGUGGAAGUCAGAGAACGGUCAGAAGCCGACGGGCUCCCAGGUCAAACCAUUGUCCUGGUGCUGAACCAUGCUUUUGGAUUCCUAGCAGACCUGGAAAAAGCACAAAUCAACUACGGCCUACUUUUGCCCUUAUUGAUUGGAACUGCAUAUUUUUCAAAUGAGGGAUUCCAAUCGGCGUACUUCCUGGGUGGGCUGGAUCUGGACGUCAGAAUGAACGGUGGCAGACUCGAUUGGGAUGCACGUUCGAGCUCUUAUCGCCAGGUAGAAGCAAUCAUGGCGAGACCCCUUGUGGCCAAUAUGGGACCACUAUCACGACUCAUCGCCCACGCCGUUGAAAAUGUGGAAGACCCGUGGUUAAUACAAACCAUGAUGGGUGAUUUGGCGAGCUUCGCGCGCGCUUUAACCACGCAAUGGCGACAGAUCAAAAUCUCCGAGAUCGAUCCUACUGAUGAGGAAUCGGCCAUGAGUGAAGAAGCAUUCCGAAAAACAAUUCCGCUGCUUUGGAAACUACUCUCUUCUGCGCUGUUCGCUACUACCAUCAUUCUGCACGGUGUGCUUAACCGAACCCUGGCAGACAGUGCUCUUGCGUCUGAUGCUGUGGCACCUAUGCUGGUUUCACAAGCACUGCACACCCUUCGACACCUCUACUUCAUCACUACACGACUUGGCCCUGUAUCUCUUUCACAGCAUACCUUUGUCUAUCUUACUGCCAUCGAUAUACUCGCCGCAUAUCCUAUGCAUGCCGACAAGUUCCUCAAAUCUAUUGCCCCGAAGCAGCUGGGCCAGGUUCCACGUCAUCCCCUCGAUCGAAUUCUGGAUCUCUAUUUUCUGAAUGCUGCCGAACACUUCACUCUGGUGCUCUCCUCCGCAACCAAUGAAGAUCUCCUUGUCGCGUCAGCAGUUCCUUAUCUCGCAGCUGGUGGAAACCACAGUAUGCUACCUGUAUUCGAGGCUGCACACAGUGUCAUGCUCGCCGUCUUGUCAGCACCACAGUCAGCAGGAAUUACGGCGAAACAUUUGCCUUUCUACAUAGACGCCUUAUUCAGCGUUUUCCCCCAUAAUCUCUCGCCAAGACAGUUCCGUCUCGCAUUCAAGACUCUCAUGCGAGUAACCGCACCGCCAUCUACCCUAUCUGCGUCGCACCCAGACCUUCCUGCCACAUUGUUGGAGCUGGUUUACCAUCGCGCGGUAAACGCUCCGACAGAUCCUUUGCCUCCGGAUGAGACUACGCUUGCCCUGCAAGGUUCCGACGCCCCACCGCCACCACUCUCCGAACAAGCUGUGCUUGCUCUGACCCUUGUUGACACACUUCCUUUCCUGCCUAUCAUACUUUUAAAUGAAUGGCUACCGCUAUGCGCUGAUUUGCUAAACCAAAUCGAUGACAGUGCCAUGCGUGAAGCAGUCAAAAGACGAUAUUGGGAGGUGCUUAUCAGCGGAGAAAUGGAUGCUGAACGCAGCGGCUGUGCCGUCGCGUGGUGGGGCACAAGAGGAGGCAGAGAAAUGGUUUUGUACGGACGCGAAAAUAGUAUUGGAGAUGACAAAAUGAUGAGCGGUGCGCUGCCGCCUGAGAGUAGUACAAAUGGCCAGAGCAAACUUUGA